AAUGGUUCAUGGUGAUUAUUAAGAGACUUUUGUUUUUCCCACCCAGCGAGCCUAGAAUCGCCCCGUAAGCCUGCCUGUGUGUGUGUGUGUGUGUGUGUGUGUGUGUGUGUGUGUGUGUGUGUGUGUGUGUGUGUGUGUGUGUGUGUGUGUGUGUGUGUGUGUGCCACCCAGCUCUGUAGGAGAGGGGAGGCGGUGCGGGAAUGUGGAACGGAGGGUGAGAAGAGGGGGCUGAAAUGCUCGUUUCAGCACCGCGGACAGCUCCCGGUAAAAGCAGCCAGCUGCAGCUGUUCCUUCCUCUCCGCUACUCUGGAAAAGAGAACAACCAAAUUUGAGAUAUUUUUUACCUCUAUAUGACCGAAAAUAAGAUCUUUUUCGAGGAGGAGACUUAGUUUAAUUCAGUCCGGAUCAGGCGACAUAUUUGUAGCGAGAGGCUACAGACAAAACCGUUACAGGACUCCCCGAGGUUUGCGUGUACAAUCUCUGCGAAGUUUCUCGCCACUGAAAGGGAUUCUGUCUUCUCCCACUGGUCUGCAGUGCCCGGAAAAUCGGUCGAUGUUAAAGGGAAGUUGGAGAGAAAGUGACACCACAUCAGCACCUUCUCUUGGUUGGACUAUAUCCUAAUAUAAGUUGUGGGACUUUUUUCGUUUAGUACUGCGUAAUAUGUGGUUGUGUGUGCAGAAGGAUUGAUAUUUCUUGGAUAAUACUUCUAGCAGCAAAUAGGUAAGCAAGACAAGUUUUUUUUCUUUUUUCAUUCGGUGCUAUAGGCAUUGAACAGCCUCCAUCCUUCAUAACCACCGGUCCACCCCACCACCCCAUGUAAUGCUCUUACAUUAGCCACUGAUGCAAGGCUUUGAUGCGCCCGGAUACAUUUUUUGCUCGCAGCACUGAUUCUUUCCUCCUUCAAGUCGCCCGUCUCAGCCUUCUUUCAAUUUAACAAUCACGAAGGGACGCCCCGGACUGCAAUCCUCCCCCCAUUCUCGGCAACUGCUACAGACUGGUGGGUGAUAAUGGCCAUGGAUCGAUGAGAAAUGCUUAUUCAGAUUUCUGUCGGAUGAAGUUGGAGGCCCUGCGUCCACACAUAAUAACCAAAGUCACAGCUUAGCAACUUUUAACAUCCUGAUCCGUCGUUUUUUCUUCUUUUUUGAGACUUGCUGUAUAGGUGUAGCCUGUUUGUAGCUGUCCAUGACGGAAACAAUGGCGCUGAGUGGAAACUGUAGGACUAACCCCAAAGACCAAGCAUCAGUUCAGAACAGUUUCCCAGAUGUUGUUGAAUUAAACGUCGGGGGGCAGGUUUAUUACACCCGUCACUCGACUUUGGUGGGCACCCCGAAUUCAUUACUCGGUAAGCUCUUCUCCUCCAAAAAAGAUGCAUCUAAUGACUUGGCGAGAGACCCCAAGGGCCGUUAUUUCAUUGACAGGGACGGGUUUUUAUUCCGAUAUGUGUUGGACUACCUCCGAGACAAGCAAGUCGUCCUCCCGGACCACUUCCCGGAGAAAGGGAGGCUCAAGAAAGAGGCGGAGUACUUCCAGUUACCUGACUUAGUGAAGCUCCUGACCCCUGAUGAUAUCAAGCACAGCCCGGACGACUACUUCCACAGCGACUAUGAAGAUGGGUCCCAGGGCAGCGACCACCGACAGUGUCCGCCGCCCUCUCUCGUCCCCGCGGACAGAAAGAGCGGCUUCAUCACGGUGGGGUACCGGGGUUCGUGCACCAUGGGCCGAGAGAGUCAGACCGACGCCAAGUUCAGGAGGGUGCCUCGGAUACUGAUAUGUGGGCGGGUGGCCCUUGCCAAAGAAGUUUUUGGGGAGACCCUGAAUGAAAGCCGGGACCCGGACAGAACCCCGGAUCGGUAUACCUCUCGGUUUUACCUCAAGUUCAAGCACCUGGAGAGGUCUUUUGACAUGCUGUCGGAGUGUGGUUUCCAAAUGGUGGCCUGCAACUCAUCAGUCACAGCCUCGUUUGUCAACCAGCACACAGAGGACAAGAUCUGGUCGAGCUACACGGAAUACGUCUUCUACCGUGGUCCAUCACGUUGGUCCUCCCCUCCAUGUGACUGCUGCUGCAAGAACCACAAGGGCGACGGAGAGGGUGAGAGCGGCACCUCCUUUAACGAGCUCUCCACCUCUAGCUCCGAGAGCCAGUCAGAAGCGAGCUCUCCCCAGGGAACAGUCAUCUGCGGACCCGUCAACCGCCAGUCACACCCUCACGCCAACGUCCAAACCCUGGACAGGCCUGCGAAAAAGGGCCCCAUCACCAUGCUUCAGCAGUCUGACCAGCGGCGAAAGAGUGACUUGCUGCGCACGCUUACAGCAAGCUCCCGCGACACCAGCACCUGCAAGAAAAGGCCAGUGAAAGAGAAGCUGACGGUCGAAGAGGAGCUGGAUAAGUGCAUUCAAGACUUCCGCAAGAUCAAGAUCCCGGAGAGGUUCCCUGAGAGAAAGUACAUGUGGCAGGCCGACCUGCUGAGAAAGUACCGCCUCUGAGCCAGGAAACAGGACAGAGGUAGCAGACACAUAAGGCCACGGAUCAGUUUACAUGUUUUUUGAUCUUGACUUUUGCAACAAAAGGGAGAUAACACUUGAAUUUGAAUCCACACCUUUAUGCCAGAUGGAUGAAAGUCUACAAAGAAGCUAGUAAGAAGCAUAAAAACUCUCCUAUUGACAUAUGUAGUGCAUAUGUGUGUGUAUGUAGUUUAGGCCUGAUGUAUGUACUGUAAGUAUGUGCUGUACCUUACUGAAUGCUUCAGAGCUAUGAAUAAUGUAUCCCUGAGGUUUAAUUCAAGUGGGCGAAAGACAUCCUCUAUGAACCAGUCAACCAACCAAAUGCUUGCUAAUGGCUUUUAGCCUUAAUGGGGGUUGCCAAGGGUUACUGGACUGCACACACUAUCAUCUGUCAAACUUUCGCUGAAAAAAAACAUCACAGAAGCCACAGUUUUGGCCCACAAAGACACAUUGAUUUAGAAUGUAAAUGUGUGGUAAUUUGUGUCUGUGUGUGAGUGCGUGCGUGCGUGCGUGUGUGCGUGCGUGCGUGCGUGUGUGUGUGUGUGUUCUUGCACCCAGUUGGCCUAGAGGUCACAGAUAAAUCUGCAUCAGGACCAAUUAAUAAUUCAUGGUGUCCCGACAGUGCUCUCACUAUAAAUACACCCAGAGCGCUCUGCUGCCAGGGUGGCGUAAACAGCUUGGUUAAUUACUUAACUUUUAGCAAACAUUUUGGGACCUCUGAGGCAGGUGGAGGUAAAUUUUCAUUAAGAGCACAAUCAAUUUUCUCCUCCCAAUAUCGGUUAUGUUGCAAACUAUCCUAAGUGCAUCAAACUAGCCUGCAUUGCAUUGAUUUUAGAAGUGUUGACUAUAUGGAGCAAUUACCAGGUUGCUGUGUGACGAAUAAGUCAUUUACUAAUUAACAAUUACUUCACCUUAAUGAACACAACACUCACAACCCUUCAUUCCCACACAGAAAGCAAACAAUCGUGAGGUCUUUUAAACUAUGCUCAAUAUGUCACCAACAGUAAACAGACAGAAUGGGACAGGAUUGCUAUGCAGGCUAACCCAUCAACACAGACGGAUGCUUUCUUCCCCGACUGUUUACACGGUGACCAAUAGUUAUCGGUAAUAGGGUCCAGUGACGGAGCCGAUCGAUGUGGUUCUUGUUUGCAGUCAUAAAUGAAACCCCUGGGUUAUUUACGAAGAUAAGCUGGUCAUGUAUUUAGUGAAUAUUAGCCACUAUUCAUGUAGGCAUUUACGCACACCUUGCUCAGUCCAAGUCGAUGUGUUGUAAUGUUGUUACAUAAAGAUGUCACACAGGUUAUUUUAAAAACAAUUCAAUUUCCCCAGUAAGUUGAUAUUUAUUUACUUAAGGCUCUUGGACCACCACAAAAGAAAAAAAGCACACAGAUGUUCAGCAAUGUUGUAAAUGUAAAACAAUUCUUUUGAGAGUUAUGAUGGCAAACUUUUGACGAUUAAUGCCAUUUAAUACAAUCAUUUUCAGAUUAGUUAAUUGACAUCACAAUCAGUUUUUUUGGAGAUGUGUAGAUGAGAGAACAUAUAUAAAAAGGGACUGGAUAUAUUGAAAAGCAGAUUUGAACAGUAUAAACUACUAAGGAAACAAAUACAUGAUGCAGUGAGAAUUACAGUUAAAGAUCAUAAAAUGUUUUAAUGGUAGAAGAAAAAUGUUUCAAAAAGGAUGUCUAUAGAAGGAAGCUUCUAAACACUCACUACUUCCAAUGUAUCAGACACAUUUGAUUAGAUUUCAUUUAAGUUUCAAUAAGAGGAAGUAGCUGGUAAGAUUGGUAAACAACUGACAAGAUGUGUUUGUUGAUUGCAGCUUAAGGUAAAAAUCUUGGUAUUUAUGAAUUGUGUGAUAGACAGUUGUGAUGAAAAACGUAGCUUGGGUUAGAAAAACGUAAAUAUUAAUGAAAUAUCUUGUAUAGAUGGUAUUUCAGAAUGACCUUGGGAGUAGGACAAUAAAAACAGAGAUACUGAAAAAGGGAAAACUUUUCACAGAGGAACUUGAUUAAAGCUUUGUAUUAUUUGUGGUUAUUGCAGCUUAUGAAAGUGCAGAGGAAUGUGCUUCAUAAACAAUCAUGGCUUUUACACAGCACAAAGUGGAAAGUUAAAUUGAAAGCGCACACACACACGAGAAUAAAAAAUGCAUAAACCUAUUAAAAGAUCAAUUUUUUUUUAAACAUAUCCCUUAUGUUAAUAGAAAUAGACAAUUAAAACAAAGUUCUAUUAUAAUUAUUUUUCUAUCUAAAAGCCUUUAAAUCAAUAGAUUAUCAAAUCCCCUUAUGUUGCCCAUAAAAUGUAUUUCCUGUGAGAGAAUUGAUUCAUGGGUAGUAAGACAUUCUAGUUAUAGUAUAUUCCAUGAUGCCCAUAUGUCUAUGGUUUAUUACAGUAUACAUUCUUAUGCUUAAAAUAGGUGCUCUAUAAAAGCCAACCAUUUUUCUCAUGUCAAUACAAUGAAUACAACUUAUUUUUCUACAUUGCUGGGAUACUACAUUGUCAUUUUAAAAGUAAUUUAUCUUAUGAGCUGAAGUGGAAAUAUGUUAAUCCAGACUACACAUUAUAUGUAAAUAAACACAAUAAAUCAUACCUAACCAGAAUAAUGUAUUAUACUCUCUGUAUAUAACAGGCAAAUCCAUGACGUGUGGCUGCUGAGCUGUUUUUAGUCAUGCAGUAGACUGACGCUAAUGUAAUACAGCCAUUCUUGUUUUAUCAUUUAGACUAUUGGGCCAUCAGGGACGAGGGGAAAAUAAAACACACACCUGUAACACAUUAUAUAUUUACCACUAUAACAAAUGAUAAGCUACAUGCUUUCCAAGACAAGAAUGUCAAAAACGGACUGUCAGCACAUUUGUCUGAGUGCAAAACAGGCAAGAGGCAAAAACAUUUCAGCAAUACUGACUUGCAAUCAAUAAAUCUGAAGACCAAUGUUCAGGCCUUUAAAACAACCAAAAACUAAAUGGUAAGUCUGUUCAAAACUGAAAAAGGUACAAACUGUUCAGCUGUAACCCUAAAACGUUUGUUACCAAACAAUGCAGUCAACUUUAACUUCAGAUCUGUUUCAAUUUAAAUAAAUAAUAAGUGCUGGAGUAAAGACCAGCGCACAACUAAACUGCCUGCACUAUAUGUGAAUCUUUGUACAGGUAUUGUAUUCCCUGUUGGUUUUCUUGGUCUGAACCAAAACAAAAAAGUUCAAUUUGUAGGUGCACACUGACCAUUUACAAACAAGAGCUUAUUAACAAAAGUCACACAAAUGCUGGUCUUCUUACAGCUCAUAAAUACAGAAGGAAUUUGAGUGUUAGGCCAGACAAAAGUUUGCCUUAGGUAGAUAUUUGCUUCAAGCUUUUUGAGAACAGAAUGCCAACAUAAUAUACUGUAUCAAGUUGUUUUUCCUUUUACCAAUAGAACAUGUGUUUUCAGUCGCUGUUACAAUUAUUAUCUGGCCAAAUGAUCCAAGCACAGCAAACUGUUUGAAUAAACAUGAUCCAUGUGGAAGGGGAAAGUCUCAAAUUGUCAAGGGAAAAUUGUUUUUAUAGCUUUUUUUCAUACGAGUUAUUUCUGAGUUAGUCUUGUGUUGUUCAUAAUCAGUCCAGCUUAAGCGGAGGGAUAUUACGGAUUGUGUUUGCUCGACUCUGCCUACCAUUUUGAUAAUGUGCUGGGUUUGUUUACUUUGAGGUGAUUCAACAACAAGGUCGGUCAGUCCCAGAAAUCUAUGAGAGCAUUUUCAAAACAGAUUUGUCGUAAGACGCGAUUAGAAAUGCUGUUGAACAGACAGAGGUAAAAUAAAUACCAAUACACCUGGUGGCCUUCUAGAGUAGAAUACAGCUGUUUUUGCACAAUGUAUAAAGAAAAACAAACAAAGUAUUUGAAAAAGGAGAGAAAUAUGAAUUAUCCCCUAACAUGCACAACACAGCCACAAAUCACGAGAGAGAAAGCUGACCAGUUUUCACCUUCAGAGCACAUGAGAUGAUUUUAAGUUCUUUAGGCCUGAAAAGAACAAAUUAUGUAAAUCGUAUUGAUAAAGAAUGACUGUUUUCAAGUCAAAUGUGAUGUAUGAAAAAGUGACUGAACUGAUGUAAAGUUUGGUGAUUUAUAUUAUCUCGGAGUGCCCGACUACCGUCUGUGAUUUUCUUUCCUGAAUUUAUAGUCAUGCCCUGCAAGUGACUGUAAGACCUCUUAUUUUCCUCCUGCCUUUGAUGAGCCUGCGGACCACAAAAAAAAAAUCACACUAUUCUGGUACCACCAUGGUAGACCUGGCACACACUGUUUGAAACAAAAGGGCGUCUGUUUUUAUGUAUGUUAUUCUGACAAAAAAAAGAGGAAAAAAUGGUUCAGAUACAUUGUGAGCAUGUUGGUAUACAAAACAUAUAACAGAUAACUUAGUCUGUUCUUGUGAAAAAGAGUAUGUCAAAAACUGAUAUUUAACAGAAUAAAGAAAACUUGAAAAAAAAAAAGAUAAGCACAAAUGUGUUGAUAGUGUCCGCUGUUCCUCCACAGGUGUAUAACAUUUUCAAUUAAAGAGUGAAGUGUGACUAAAAACAGAGUGAUUCUCACCAGAGGCAUAUGAACAUAAUUCAUGGAAAUGCUUGAUUCACCAAGAAUCCUAUAGAAAAUAUGACAUAGUUUAAUUAUGGAAAAUUAUGCAAUUACAAAACUUACCUAUGAAAAAAUUUCUGUUCUUAAAAUUAUCCAUGGAUUCAUGUCCAAAAAUUUACUUGAAUGUUAUUCGUUAACAACCAAACAUCUGUGGUGAGAGUUGCUCUGUAUUCCAGGAGUUAAUUUGUCUGCCUUUAGAGACAGUACAAAUCAUCUGAAAGUCUUUAGAUACAAGGCAUAUAGUCAUUUUGAAAAUGUAUGACGACAACCAAUAAACAAGAUAUUCUGUA